UAAAAUUGGAUGCAAACCUAUUUAUAUUCCUCUCUUUAGUCUCUCUCUCUUCGCCGUAUCACUCAGCUCUCACUCCUCACCCCUCACCCCCAAACCCAAACCCUACCCUCACAAUUCCCUCUCUUCCUUCAAAUCCAACCCACCGCUGCUUAAUUAUCAUUCCACAUGGCGGCUUCGACCACCAGCCAGGUCUACAUCGAUGUAAUCGAGGAUGUCAUGGUCAAGGUCCGCGACGAGUUCGUCAACAACGCUGGUCCCGGUGAGGAAGUUCUCAGAGAGCUUCAAGCUAUGUGGGAAUCAAAGAUGAUGCAAGCUGGUGCUGUGUUCGGUCCCAUAGAAAGAUCCACUGCUGCUAAGCCAACUCCGGGUGGCCCAAUUACUCCGGUUCAUGAUCUCAACGUGCCAUAUGAGGGGACCGAGGAGUAUGAGACUCCUACAGCGGAAAUACUUUUCCCCCCUACUCCGCUGCAAACUCCAAUUCAAACACCUUUACCAGGAACUGCGGAUAACUCAACGUAUAAUAUUCCUGCUGGACCAAGUGACUACUCCUCUGGAAAUGAUACAGGUGGAAAUGCUGAUGGAAAAGGAGGAAGACCUUCUCCAUUUAUGCAACCACCUUCUCCUUGGAUGAACCCGAGGCCUCCACUCGAUGUCAAUGUUGCUUAUGUGGAAGGGCGGGAUGAGCCUGACAGGGGGACUUCAAAUCAACCUCUGACACAGGACUUCUUCACGAUGCCGUCAGGAAAGCGAAAGCGCAAUGAUUUGAAUUCUCAAUAUAAUGCUGGGGGAUAUAUACCUCAACAAGAUGGAGCUAGAGAUGCUGCAUAUGGAGUUUUUGAAAUUGAGGUAAAUGGAGGGGAAAUCUCCAUUAAUUCAAAUUCCACUAUUUCCAAAGGAAAAAUGCAAGUAGAUUUGGAGAGGUCGACUUCUAGGAUUCCUCAACUUGAUGGACCAAUUCCAUAUGAUGAUGAUGUGCUUUCUACUCCAAAUAUAUACAAUUAUGGAGAAGUGUUCACCGAAGACUACAAUAUUUCCAAUACACCAGCUCCUCCUGAAGUACCAGCAAGCACCCCUGCUCUCGUGGCUCAGAAUGAAGUGGGAAAUGAGUUUGAUGAUGAUGAUGAUGAACCUCCGUUAAAUGAAGAAGAUGAUGAUGAUUUGGAUGACAUGGAACAAGGAGAGGAUCAGAAUACACAUCAUCUUGUUUUGGCCCAGUUUGAUAAGGUGACACGUACCAAGAGCAGGUGGAAAUGCACAUUAAAGGAUGGCAUCAUGCACAUAAAUAAUAAGGACAUUCUCUUCAAUAAGGCGACAGGGGAGUUUGACUUUUGAUUUUGUUUGGGCUAGCUGGUGCUUUCGUGAAGCAUGAUUCGGAGGUGUCAUUCAGUGUUUCGUGAUCUUUCUUUGAUUAUAAUUAUUAAGUGAAAGAUUAAGGAAGAGAGAAAAUCCUUUUACCCUUUCGAGACUGUUGUUUUGAUGUUGGACCCUUGUACAUAGAGAAUGAGCAAUUUUUGGCCUUUUACCUGAUGGUUAGAGACUCGGGCAGUUCCUUAAGCCCACCAUUUGUCAAGUAUGUGGUUCCUUUAGUUCUGUGUACUUGGACAUUUUGGUUAAUUUAAGAAUCCCUUGUAUGAUAA